AUGUUUACGAAUCUGCUGCUGAUAGUUCUUGUUUUGGCCGGUUUUUCUUUGCAACAGGCCGUGAAGCAACAAGAAGCUGAACUUGCUGUCGAAAAAACCCCUAUAGAUGCCCCGGCCCCAUUCGCCAGCUAUGACAUCGACAUGUGCAACUACCCCUUCGAGGCGGUCCAUGCUGAUAUGCUAGCUGGCGUGAACAGCUCGGUGACAUACCGGUUGUCGACGGAGAAAUGUGGCAACAAGCUAAUGAACGCCCAUUGCCUCCAGCCGCUUCUCGGUCAUAGCUUGGAGGCUUGGAAAGGAGAGCUGGACACCGGAGAACCGAUCGUCAUCGCUGGUUGCAACUACACGACCACGUACGCAAAUCUGACGGGCCCGAUCUCGAUCCGUAUCACUCGGCUACAGUCCAACGCCAGCAGCUACCACCAGCUGAUGUCGACAUUACCAGUCAACAGCUACAACCUUAUGCCCGUAGCCCCCGAUCCCUCUCAAAAGCUUGCUUUCGAUUUUACGAAGGAUGGGCAGACUUAUGUCUUGUAUCAGACUUCAAAAGAUAAUUCUGGAUAUAAUGGCAUCUUCUUUGAUGCUCCCGAAGGGGACUGCGAAACGUUGAUGAUAUGGAAAAGCUUGUAUCGUGGGGAUGAGACGAAGCUAUAUGGCGGCAAUUCCACCUUCUGCCGAUCUACCGUACCUCGCGACGGCUUCCCGGAUUUCGUCGCCAAUCGCUACAUGAUUUUUGAGACGCAUGGCACCAAGAUGUGUCGAGUGGCCUGGAGCGCCAGAUAUUUGGAUCAAAGCACCGAUCAUACCUUCAAGGUCAGGAAGGGUCAUUCAGGGGUUUUGAAUUCGCCGCCCUACUCGGGGUCUGCCUCGAUUCCUGGUGACUUCGUGACUGUCUACCAGCUUCAAAAGGAGGACCUCAACAACGAAAAAAGCAAAAUCCACCUCCAGCUCCUUUCGCCGGUUCUUGGCGCUUCAACGCUCACGAUUUUUGUAGAGAGUACUACGCAGCCGAUAGUAUUUAACGCCUCGAAUGGUACCUGCGAUUACAACACUAGUGAAGCGAAAGUCUGGAUCCAAUACAAUUGGUCAUGUACCAAAAUUCCGUGCGAAAAGGGAAUGGUCUUGAAAUACUCCCUGAUUCCGUCAAGUUCCGAUGAGCGGUUCUCACUGCUGUGCUUGCUGGUGACGAUGAUGGUCUCCAUUUUUUAUUGGUGC